AAGGAGGCAACCAUGAAUGAAACACUAGAUAUUUUAGCAAAUGCUUCUGAUUUCACCGAUUAUGCAGCUGCUUUUGGAAACUGCACUGAUGAGAAAAUGUCACUGAGAGUACACUACCUUCCCGUGGUUUACAGCAUUAUCUUCCUUGUGGGUUUCCCGGGGAACGCAGUAGCAAUUUCCACUUAUAUUUUCAAAAUGCGGCCUUGGAAAAGCAGCACCAUCAUCAUGGUGAACCUGGCCUGGACAGACCUGCUGUAUCUGACCAGCCUUCCUUUCCUGAUUCACUAUUAUGCCAGUGGCGAGAACUGGAUCUUUGGGGAUUUCAUGUGCAAGUUCAUCCGCUUUGGCUUCCACUUUAACCUGUACAGCAGCAUCCUCUUCCUCACCUGUUUCAGCAUCUUCCGCUACCUUGUCAUCAUUCACCCGAUGAGCUGCUUUUCCAUCCACAAAAUUCGAUGGUCGGUGGUAGCCUGCGCUGUGGUGUGGAUUGUUUCACUGGUUGCUGUCAUACCCAUGACCUUCCUGAUCACAUCAACCACCAGGACCAAUAGAUCCGCCUGUCUGGAUCUCACCAGCUCAGAUGACCUCAUGACUAUCAAAUGGUACAAUCUAAUUUUGACUGCCACCACUUUCUGCCUCCCCUUGGUGAUAGUGACACUUUGCUACACAACGAUUAUCAACACCCUCACCCAUGGGCCUCAGACUCACAGCUGCCUGAAGCAGAAAGCUCGAAGGCUAACCAUUCUGCUACUCCUUAUGUUUUAUGUGUGUUUCCUACCGUUCCAUAUCUUGAGGGUCAUUCGUAUUGAAUCUCGCCUGCUCUCUCUCAGCUGCUCCAUCGAGAAUCACAUCCACGAAGCUUACAUCAUCUCUAGGCCGUUAGCUGCCCUCAACACGUUUGGUAACCUGUUGCUGUACGUGGUGGUCAGCCACAACUUUCAGCAGGCCAUCUGCUCAAAGGUGAAAUGCAAACCAAGUGUGGACCUCGAGCAAGCAAAGAAAGUCAGUUGCUCAAACAACCCCUGACAUAUUUCAUUUCCUCAAC